AUGGCCGCGGAGCUGAGCAUGGGGCCAGAGCUGCCCACCAGCCCGCUGGCCAUGGAGUACGUCAACGACUUCGACCUGCUCAAGUUCGACGUGAAGAAGGAGCCGCUGGGGCGCGCGGAGCGUCCGGGCCGGCCCUGCACGCGUCUGCAGCCAGCCGGCUCGGUGUCGUCCACACCGCUCAGCACGCCGUGUAGCUCGGUGCCCUCGUCGCCCAGCUUCAGCCCGACCGAACAGAAGACGCACCUCGAGGACCUGUACUGGAUGGCGAGCAACUACCAGCAGAUGAACCCCGAGGCGCUCAACUUGACGCCCGAGGACGCGGUGGAGGCACUGAUCGGCUCGCACCCGGUGCCACAGCCGCUGCAGAGCUUCGACGGCUUUCGCAGCGCGCACCACCACCACCACCACCACCAUCCUCACCCGCACCACGCAUACCCGGGCGCUGGCGUGGCCCACGACGAGCUGGGUCCGCACGCGCACCCGCACCAUCACCAUCAUCACCAAGCAUCGCCGCCGCCGUCCAGCGCCGCCAGCCCGGGGCAGCAGCUGCCCACCAGCCACCCCGGGCCCGGGCCGCACGCGGCGGCCGCGGCCACGGCUGCAGGCGGCAACGGCAGCGUGGAGGACCGCUUCUCCGACGACCAGCUCGUGUCCAUGUCCGUGCGCGAGCUGAACCGCCACCUGCGGGGCUUCACCAAGGACGAGGUGAUCCGCCUGAAGCAGAAGCGGCGGACCCUGAAGAACCGGGGCUACGCCCAGUCAUGCAGGUAUAAACGCGUCCAGCAGAAACACCACCUGGAGAACGAGAAGACGCAGCUCAUUCAGCAGGUGGAGCAGCUUAAGCAGGAGGUGUCCCGGCUGGCCCGCGAGAGAGACGCCUACAAGGUCAAGUGCGAGAAACUCGCCAACUCCGGCUUCAGGGAGGCGGGCUCCACCAGCGACAGCCCCUCCUCUCCCGAGUUCUUUCUGUGAGUCGUGGCCGGUCCCGGCCCCCGCCCUUGCCCCUGCCUGGACUCCCCGUCCCGUGUCCCCAGCCCCGGACUCCCCCGGACCCUGUUCCUGCCACGGCCCCAGCCUUGACCUGUUUGACUUGAGUGAGAGGGAGGAAGGGCGCGCGGGCCGCGGACGACCUGCGGGCGCGCGGGCGGGCAGGGGACCUUGGCGAAGGCGAAAGUAGCGCGCGCCAGCGCCGCCUCCUACACUCGAGCAGAGCCAGAGAGAGAUGAGAGGGUGGGAGGUCCCGGAGCAACUUUUCUCCAGGCUGGAGGGCGGCGAGGCAUAGUCCCUAAGAGUCGCCAAGGCCAUCUAGAGACUUCUGGCUUUCUGAACUUUGUGCGUUAAGCCGGGGCCGCUGCUUCGCGGCGGGAACGUAGUCCGCCCCAGGAAGAGAGCAGCGAGGAGAGGAGAGAGAGACCCCGGUGUCCCGAAAGGCGCGAGGCGAGGCUGAGGGAAGGAAGGACAGACGGACCUGUCUGUUCAGAGUCCGAAGAACACUGGCACUCAGCCCCGAGACGCGGUCCUCAGUUAGGACGUUCGGCGCGCAAAUCUCAUCAGUUUUAUUGCCUGCUCGAUUAUAUAGAAAAAAAAAAAUACAAAAAUCUGCAUUAAAAAUAUUAAUCCUGCAUGCUGGACAUGUAUGGUAAUAAUUUCUAUUUUGUACCAUUUUCUUGUUUAACUUUAGCAUGUUGUUGAUCAUGGAUCAUAACCCCCUUGUUUCCUUGGGUGAGAAGGGAUCGCAGUUCGGAAACUCCCGCAGCUGCGUGCCGGGUUUCUGUCCCGGCUGUCGGCUUGUAAAUACCCGCCCCGCCAAACCGCACAGAGAACGUGGCAGCAAGCUGAGUGUCUUUGUUGGGGUUUAUUAUUAUGGCAUUUUUGUUUGCAAGUUAAAAAAAAAAAAAUGUUCAGGACAUUUUGCUUCAGAAAACAACUUUGUCUUGGGGCACCUUUGGAAGUUAGGUGUUUCUUCCCUUCCCCUGUCUUCAUUCGGUCCUCGUUUCCCUCCCUCUUUACUUUUCAAUUUUGUUGGUGUGGAGAGGACUGGGGUCUCCGGUACCGAGUAGAAGGGCAGGCAGCUGCGGAGUUUGCAUCCCGGAGGCCCGCGCGUGGACUCACUACCCGCCUUGCCUUACUGCCAAAUUGACACCCCUAACAAGAAAGGAAAGGAAAACAGAUAUUUUCCUCUGCUUUUUAUUGUAACCUAAAUAGCCCCAAGGUCCCUUCGAAACCCUCCAGGUCCCGCAUUAGUUGCAGGGGCCUUAGCGCUUUUAGGGCGAGCGGCUUCGCUUUCCCUGACUACGCGGUGACUAAAGCUUGCCUUGAACCAACCACCACGCUCAGAGUGUACCGGAGACCCAAACAUUGGCAAGUAAGUUUUCAACUCUCAAGUACGCUCUUUAGACCAACACAUUAUGUGUUUCUUUCCCUGCUUUUGAAACAGCAGGAAGAGUUAUUAGUGAUGUCCCCCUCGUCCCCCUCCUCCCCCUUCUGUUGUAUAGUAGUUAUAGGGACGAUCUGGGUGUUUUUCUUUAUUAUUACUUUUUUUUUUUUUUCCUGCAGGUCAGUAAAAGGGUUUAAGUUGCACUGACAAAAAUACCAAAAUGAAAGCAUAUUUUUUAGUUCCCAUUUGAAAUUGCUGGCGCUGCUGGCCGGAUGCAUUUUUGAGUUUGUAUUAGUUGAUAAAUUAACAGUAAUAACAAGAUUGUAUGAACCCGCAUGGUGCUUGCAGUUUUAAAUAUUGUGGAUAUUCGUCCUGCAUCAGAAACGAGCUUCAGUUUUUACGGAUUCAACUGUGUUGAAAUCAAACUUGCCGCAACAGAAAUUGUUUUUAUUUCAUGUAAAAUAAGGGAUCAAUUUCAAACCCUGCUUAUGAUAUGAAAAUAUUAA